UCCUUUUCAGUUUAGAGCUGGGCUUGGAAGUGCUGGGUUAACAGUUGGAUGCAGUGUUCUUAAAGGUCUUUUCCAACCUAAAUGGUGCUUUGAUUCUGUUCUGCGGACAGAAGGCCACGGAGCGCUGUGUCUGGGGGAUAAGGGACUUCACACCGCUGUGUUCGGGGGACAAGCGCCUCUGGAGCCCGGGGGCCGCUCCGUGCGCUCAGCGCGGGCGGGCGGACGGUGCCGGUCCCGCAGCGGCCGCCAGAGGGCGCUCCCGCGUCCGCCCGCCUCUUCCUGCCCGGCCGACAGUGGGAGGGGUUCCUGGCGGCCCCCGCGCUUGACGACUACAUCUCCCGGCUGGCACCGCGCCCCAAACGGCCUCCGGCCGCACGUGACCAGCGUCCGGCCAAUCGCGUGCGGCCCGGGGCUUUUACCCGCCGUCGACCCGCCCUUUAAUGUGUCCGCGAUUCGUCCGCGAUCUGAGCGCUCUGAGAUGGCGGCGGUGGACCCGGUUGAGCUGGAAACAACUCCCAACCCCCAACCUGCAGAAGAGGAAAAAACAGAGCCAGCACCUAGUCAGGAGGUUGCCAGCCCUGAACAGUAUAUUAAACAUCCACUACAAAACAGAUGGGCACUCUGGUUUUUUAAAAAUGACAAGAGCAAAACUUGGCAAGCAAAUCUUCGUCUUAUCUCAAAGUUCGAUACUGUUGAAGAUUUUUGGGCUUUAUACAACCAUAUCCAGCUCUCUAGUAAUUUAAUGCCUGGUUGUGACUACUCGCUCUUUAAGGAUGGGAUUGAACCCAUGUGGGAAGAUGAAAAAAACAAGCGAGGAGGCCGAUGGCUAAUUACACUAAACAAGCAGCAGAGACGAAGUGACCUUGAUCGCUUCUGGCUAGAGACACUGCUGUGCCUUAUUGGGGAGUCAUUCGAUGACUACAGUGAUGAUGUGUGUGGUGCUGUUGUUAAUGUUAGAACUAAGGGUGAUAAAAUAGCAAUAUGGACAACUGAAUGUGAAAACAGGGAUGCUGUUACACAUAUAGGGAGAGUAUACAAGGAAAGAUUAGGACUUCCUCCAAAGAUAGUGAUUGGUUAUCAGUCCCAUGCAGACACAGCUACUAAGAGCGGCUCUACCACUAAAAAUAGGUUUGUUGUUUAAGAUGACGCUUUCUGAGUAUUCUUUCAUAGGAGACUGCGUCAAGCAAUCGAGAUUGGGAGCUGAACCAAAGCCUCUUCAAAAGCAGAGUGGACUACAUGUAAAUUUGAUUUCCAUCUUAAUGUUGCUGAGAUUUGUGAGAAGUCUCAUUCGCCUUUGUCUUGUACUUCUAUGUUCAAUUUUUCUAUUUUGGCCGAAAUAACCAUUGCCAAUCUAAAUUUUAGUACGCUUCACCCCCCAAAUCCAUAAAUGUGUUUCUGGCCCAUUCUGUAAUAGCUUGGUAGAAACAUUACUAUUGCAAAAAAAUGAUUUGUUUAUCCACAGUAUUCAGAAAACAAGUUGCCUUUCUGAACCUGCAGGAAAUUACCCUGUUUUACACUUGCAUUGUAUGCAGUAAGAUUUUGCUGGUUUGGAAAAGAGUAUGGUGCAUACAGUUUUCUAGCAUUUUUUUAUACAGCAUCAUCUUUGCUGUAACCUAUGCUGAUGGCUGCUAGAUUAAUUUAUUUGUUUUCCCUAUUUGAUAACAUCAGCGAUAUUUUGAUUUGAAUUGUUUUUGCUCAUGUAACAUGUGGGGAAGAAUUUGGGUAUAUGACAAAGGUGGAAUAAAGAUUAAUUUUGUGCAUUCUUUGGUAAUUUUUUUUUGUUUUUUUGUAACAUCAAAGCUUUGCUACAGAUUUAUGCAUUUCAGUCAAAUCAGUCAUCUUUUUGUAUGAUUUCCUGAACAUAAAUGUGGGGUUUUUUAAUGUAACACCAUGAUUUACAUUCCUUACUAGAAAUAGUAUGUCUGUUUUUGUAUCUUAUGCUGUAUUUUAACACUUUGUAUUACUUAGGUUAUUUUGCUUUGGUUAAAAUGGCUGAAGUAGAGAAGCGGUCCCAUUCAUACUAAGACAGUGUACAAAACUGUAAAUAAAAUGUGUACAGUUGAAUUGUG